CGGUGCGUCCUCAUCGACGCCGGUCCGUGCGCCCUCUGCUGAUUCAACGGCCUCUGGCGCAUCUCCCUCAUCGACGCUUAGACUGUCUUCAACGAAUGGAAUGGUCAGUGCAUCGCCAAAACGUGCAGCCAAGGAAGAGAGAACCAAUCACAUCAAACAGCCGUUGAACGCCUUCAUCCUGUAUUCGAAGGCGCAGCGAGCCCGAGUGCGAGCAGAACCUGGCAUGGAACAUACGGCCAUUAAUCUUUUGGCCGAGAAGUGGCACUCUUUGGAUCGUGCUGAGAAGUGCAGGUAUUAUGCAUUGGCUGAACAAGAGCGCAAAAAGCACGCGCAAACAUAUCCAGGAUGUUCUGCUAAGGACAACUACGCUCGGUAUGAUUGUCAGUGCGAGAAGCGCAUAUGGAAGAAGGAGAAGCAUGACGGUUAUCGACGAAUGGAACGGUCAGUGCAUCACUGGUGCCACAUUCUGCUGCUUUAUCAUCUGGAGCGAAGAAACGCCGGCGCGCACCGAAGAAAGAGAAACCAAACCACAUCAAAAAGCCGUUGA